UGAAAAUAAAAAUUAAUGCAAUUGAAAAUGGCAGAAGCCAGUAUUGCAGUUGAUCAGAAUGAGUUCAGCUGUCCAAUCUGUCUGGAUCUACUGAAGGAUCCAGUGGCUAUUCCCUGUGGACACAGUUACUGUAUGAGCUGCAUUAAGAGCUGCUGGGAUCAGAAGAAUCAUGUUGGAGUUUACAGCUGCCCCCAGUGCAGACAGACCUUCACACCCAGACCUGUUCUGGGCAGAAACACCAUACUGGCUGAAGUGGUGGAGAAACUGAAGAAGACUGGACUACAAGCAUCUACUCCCACUGACCAUUAUGCUGGACCUGGAGAUGUGGAGUGUGAUUUUUGUACUGGGAGAAAACACAAAGCUGUCAAGUCCUGCCUGGUGUGUCUGGCCUCUUACUGUGAAACUCACCUCCAGCCUCACUAUGAGUCUCCAGCUUUUAAGAAGCACAAGCUGACUGAUGCCACUGGACGUCUGCAGGACAAGGUCUGUUCCCACCAUGACAAACCCCUGGAGGUCUACUGCCGUACCGACCAGCAGUGUGUCUGUCUGCUGUGUCUGAUAGAUGAACACAGAGGCCAUGAUACCAUCUCAGCUGCUACCGGAAGGGCAGAGAAACAGAAACAAAUGGGAGAGACACAGAAGAAACUUCAGCAGAGAAUCCAGAUGAGAGAGAAGGAGCUGCAGGAGCUGAGAGAGGCUGUGGGCUCAUUCACAAGCUCAGCACAGUCAGCAGUGGAGGACAGUGAGAGGAUCUUCACUGAGAUGAUCCGCUCCAUUGAGAGACGACGCUCUGAGGUGACAAAGCUGAUCAGAGAUCAGGAGAAGGCUGUAGUGAGUCAGGCUGAAGGACACAUGGAGAGACUGAAGCAGGAUAUUGAUGAACUGAAGAGGAGACACUCUGAGCUGGAGCAGCUUUCACACACAGAGGAUCACAUCCAUUUCCUCCAGAGGUACCAGGGUCUUCCUGUCACCCCAGAAGCUGGAUUUGAACCCAAAAUCUCAGUCUCUUCACGCUGCUCUUUGGAGAAUGUGUGGACUGUGGUCUCUGAACUGAAGGAUCAACUGGAGAAUGUUUGCAAAAAUAAAACUACAGAGAUCCAUCAUGCAGUUACCAAAGACACCGUCCUACCAGUAUUAGUGCCCAUGACCAGAUCAGAAUUCUUACAAUAUUCCUGUCAGCUCACUCUGGACCCCAACACAGCAAACGAAGAACUUCAUCUGUCUGAGGGGAACAGAGUGGUGACAUGGAAGAGAGAGACACAGUCAUAUCUUGGUCACCAGGAGAGGUUUGAUUCACGCCUCCAAGUGCUGUGUACAGAGGGUCUGACUGGGUGCUGCUACUGGGAGGUUGAGUGGAGCGGGGGAUGGGUUGGAAUAGCUGUCACAUACAAAGGGAUCAGCAGGAAGGGAUGGGGUGACAACAGCAGGCUUGGAUGCAAUGACAAGUCCUGGUGUUUGUACUGCUCAAGCUCCAGUUACUCAUUCUGGCACAAUAAUGUGCAAACUGCAAUAUCUGCCCCCCCCUCCCCCAGGAUAGGAGUGUACCUGGAUCAGGGGGCAGGAACUCUGUCCUUCUACAGCGUCUCUGACACAGUGACCCUCCUGCACAGGGUCCAGACCACGUUCACUGAGCCUCUCUAUCCUGCAUUUUAUCUUUGCAGCAGUACAGCCAAAUUGUGCUGAUUACGUUAACAGUCUGUUAAAUGUAUCCUAUAAAAUUAACUAAACAACUAACAUUAGAAAACAUGACUGCUGGCCAGCACUGGGAACAUCCUGGAUGGAACAGCCUUGUUUUUGUCACAGGUAUAUGUUAUUAAAUAGUAAUUUAUAUUUUUAGCGAGAUAAAAAUCUGCAUAAAUUCAGUAAUAGCGAUGCUUUUGGCAUGUGAAGUACCAGUAUAAAUUAUUAACAAUGAUUACAUUAAUGCAGAGAAUCCCUAACUUAUGCAGAUCAUGGAUUUUAACCAGUUAGAAUUUGGAAAACCAAAAAAUAAAUCAUAACUUUGCAGUAGUUUGCACUGUUUCCUUACCCUGACUUUCAUUCUCCAUAUUGCCAUUAUUUAAAUAUACCGUAACCCUGCAUAGCGUGCUCACAAACCUUGUGUGUGUUAUUGUAAAUAGUUGUAUAUAAUUAGCAUGUAUUGUGUUAUGGUGCUGCAGCGUCUGCUGUAGUGAUAAAUGUUAUGUGUGUAUAUAGUGAGUGACUGUGCUCACCAUGUGUUGUUGGGGUGGUCAGGGUUGUCAGCACUAGUCAGCAGAGUGAGUGGUUGAUGUUUGUACUUGGUGUUUGUUCUCAUUGUGACAAACACUGGUGUCGGAUGUGGGAUGCCAAAGCAGCCCCGCUGGUGCUACUGGAACACACACACUUCUCAAAAUUGUUUGGCAAGCCUGCUUCAGCCUGGCAGACCUGAAGGCGGCUGUGAAGUGCUGCUUGGGGGACGAUGGCGGCAAUAAGACAGUGAGGAACCGCAAGCUCCCCGGCAAGAGGCUAGUCUGCUGAUGCAGUGAGGAGAAGGGACACCGGACGUACCUCUGCCAAGAAGCUCACAACAGAGCCACCGGGAGACCAGCUGAGAGUGGCUCAGUGAGACAGUGGCUCACAUCCCUUGAUGCACCCUGAUCCUGUGUAGUGCACCUUUAAGCCAUUCCUGCUAACCAGCCGGGCAACUACUGGAGAAAAAGUGGGAUCUUCUGCAACCUCCGACUGCUUACCAGCGAGCCAGCGAGGUCUCACAGUACACUAGCUGUGAGAAGCCACAUUGCAGCCCCUGCUGCAUGUGCCACCACCAGAGGUAGCAGGCAGAGGCAGUGUUACUCGCUGCCACACCUUGGAGGCCCAGCUGGCCCGGGAGCACCGCGGGAAUGCCAGUACCAGCAGAACUUGGAGCAGCUGUGUGAGCCCACAGAACAGGAGUAGCAGGAGCUGCACUAUAAGUGCGUCAACUGCAGGGCGUGUGACUCCGACCGCCAGAAACAGCAGGAUGAGUCAGCAGAAGUGGCGCAAUUCGGAUAGAAGGAGACGUGUUGCAGUUUUGAGGCCCAGCCAGCUCAGGAACGCCGUGAGCUGGACAGCCUGCAGGAGCAAGGUGAGCAGGACCAGGAGCAGCGCGGCCAGUGCCAAUGCGACCUGGAUGGACUGUGUGUGGCUACCUGAUCGGGGGAGCAGGAGGGUCAGCAGAUUCCCAUCAAGCCUUGUAAGACAAAGGGCCGGUGCCUGGGAGGACCUACAAUGUCAGUACCUGCCAGCAGUCCAGCAUCGGCCAGCCUCCUGGUCUCCUCAGCCUCACCAGCACUCGUGAGCGGAUGGUUCCCCUCAUCAUCGGAGAUGGUGCACCAGUGGCUGCCACCAGAACUUUUGGACUUCCAGUUCCAGUGUUGAGGUGGGGGUUGGGUGUGGUGGUUUCUGGGAUGGUUGACCUUUGGGGAGGGGAUGUGUAAUGCUGGGAAAAUGGCUCCACGUAACAGAGCCCAUUUCCAUUUCCCGGCGUACUUGCAAGCCUUGAAUGUGUUAAUUUAAAUAGUUGUGUGUUAACAUGCUUUGUGUUAUUGUGUUGCAGCAUCCGCUGUAUUGAUAAAUGUCAUGUGUUGUAUAUAAUGUGAGCCUGUGCCCACCCAUGUAUUGUUGGGGCGGUCAGGACAGUCAGCACGAGCCAGCAGAGGGUGAAUGGGUUGAUGUUUGGGGUUUGUGCUCCUAUUGCAAUAAGGCUGCCUCGUCUGCUUCCUGCCACCACGAUACAGUACCUUGGCCUGUCAGUUAUUACAACAUAAUAUGUAAAACUGUGCCCCAUGCUUCCUGCAAUAGGCUCCCUGAGCUAUACUGUAUAAAAUGCUUAUAUAAAGUGGAUGGACAUUUAUACCCAACACAUUGUUAUUAACAACGAUUGUUAUUAGCAAGGGGCACUUGCAGUGCAGUAUGUAUGGAUCCCUGCACUUAAUUAGACUAUUGAGAGCCAGUGAGCUUCACUGAACUAAUUCAUUCCCUUGUCUUAGUUAAACCACGGGCAUGUUUAACAAAUUAAUUCCUUGGCAUUAGUUAGAUCGUGGUCACAUUUUAUUCAUUUGUUCCUGUGAUAUAUUAAAACGUGGGCACAUUUUACCGCAUAGCCUGCUUAUUGCCUUAUGCAUCGUGGGUACAAAUUAGCAUAAUUAGUAAAAGCAGAUGAGGAGACUUUGUUAAACGUCAUGAGCAGACCUCCGUAGUCUUCUGAAAGUGUUAGUGCAGAGCAAGUCCUCAAAGUCAGACACAGUCAAGGAAAGGUGGGGAAGCCUCUUCAUCAUCCCACAGUGCAGCCGAUAGCCCUCCACAAACCACAGCUAGGGGUCCAUUCUCCCAUCAAGCACUUAAGUCAAAAAUGCACUCAACAUGUAAGAGUAUUCUCCUCUCAUCAGUGCAGACACACUACUGCACUUAACCCAGCGAAGAAGAUGUGGCUGUGGAAGAAGUAUAAUUAAUUCAUCAACCAAGAAUAGGGGAGCUCUUCAUGAUUUUGGCACCAAGCAAAACAUGGAAAAUGGAUUACUUCAUUUACAGUGGCAACCUUGUUGAAAUCCGCAGAAACUCUUUAAAGUUUAACAUGAACGCAUGGUGGUAGCCUACUACGCUUAUUUUUGGUCAUUCUCACGAACAUGAGAAUCCUUCAACAAUAAAAUUAAAUGUUAUGGCGUAAUACAGUAUUUGAAUUUUGUGCAGAGCAAUUGACAUUCGCUGAACUUAUUAGAUACAUUAAUAUUAAGUAAAUUAUAGCUCUGAUUUACUGAUCCCUCAACCAUUUUUCCAAAAUAGGCACUACCCUAAGAUCA